AUGGCAUCUGGUCACAAUGAUCCCAAAGUGCUCUAUGCCAUCCAGGGUGUCUCGGCCUACCACCUCUCCUAUGGCAAAGAGGAGUGCCUCACGGCUUCCGGACCCCAGGCACUGUCGCUUUUGAUGGUGCCGACAUCAUCACCCUACGCCGAUCCCUCGUCCUUCGACGCACGCGACGGUGCGCCCGAGGAGGACUUCUAUCUUCACCUCCACCUACCACCCGAGUUGGACAUUCCUCUCCCCGCGACCACCCAGAUCUACCACCAACCUCCCCGGAGCUACCUCAUCCCGCGAUGGGAUCUCGGCCCCGACAGUGGCUCCUUCACCCGUCUCGAAUUCCCAGCUCCCGGUAGUCGUAAGGGUCUGCAGGAAGAUGUGGAUACCUUCGAAACCAUCCUGGCACAAUGCACCGCCUUUUUGGAGAGAGCUCCUCCGCCCACGGCUGCGCGGAGGGAGAAGGAGAAGUCGUCAUCGUCAUCUUCGCCAACGGCCACGCGAUCGUCGCCGACCACAUCCAAGUCCAAGUCCAAGCUUGCAGCUGAAGAGCAGCUCCCCGCAUACAAUCCGGCCUCCUACAAGCCCGGCGAGGGCUAUGCGAAAGGCAGCCACAGCUCGGUCCAGGGAGGUCAGAUCGUGCUUGUCGACGAGGAAGAUGGCAGUGUCAUCGGAGAGCUGUCGGAGGGAUUCCAAGUGGUUGAGACUGGUGUCAAACCGGGUUCUAAGGACCCUGUUGAAAUCACUCUUCCUGCCGAAGGGGGCGCAAACCAGCUGGCCGUCGUCCCCGCAUCUGCGGAAACCAUGGAGAUGGUGCUACACCCUGCUUAUCAGAAGUCGUUCAUCGUAUCCAAGGCCGCUUACGCAUCGCGGCUGAUCAUUACGACGUCCGACUUUGUCUCUAAUGCCAUGCAGACUGGGACGGACACCUUCGCUAAGAAGACCAAGCCUGCGAGCAAGCCGGUUACAUUCACACCUGCGACGCAUGAUCGGGUUCGUCGCAUUGGCAAAUUAUCGACUGGCGUAGCGGACCUGUCGUCCAAGACGGUUGGGCAGGUUACCAAGGUGGCCCAGAAUCUCGGAGCUACCAUUGCUGGACGAGGGCAGAAGAAACAAGCUGGUAAGAAGGGCUAUGGACCCGAUGGCCAGCCACUUGAAGGAUACAAGCCGGGAUUGUUGAACAAGAGCAUGAUGGCCUUUUCGACGAUUGCCGAUGGAAUUGACCAAGCGAGUAGAAGUCUCCUGACAUCGGCGUCGACGUCAACGACGAACAUGGUAACACACAAAUGGGGCGAUGAAGCAGGGGAGCUGUCGAAGCAUCUCGGCGGAAGUGUCAAGAACGUCGGUCUCGUCUACAUCGACGUCACUGGGGUCUCUCGGAGAGCUGUUAUCAAAGCGGUCGGUAAAGGUAUGGUUGUCGGCCAGGUCAAGGCGGCAGACGGACAAACGGUCAACGUGGUGGUUGGCGACGAUACUGGGGGUGCGAUAGGCGUACAGGGAGGACCCAACGACUCGCAGAGCAAUCUGAUGAAGGACUCGGCGAACGUCAGCGGGUCAUCCAGCCAGAAGGCGGCGAAGCGAUAG